AGAUCACGUGAGUGCAAUCAAGAAAAAUGGCGACUUUUAGUCGUUUUGCUAGAAUUGCUCAUAACUCGGCCUGCUUUUCGAUAAGACGAGGACACAAUACUUUUGCAAGCAAUACUGGGAAUAAAAGCUUCAAGUUUCAGCCUUUUAGGAGACAGGCAUCUCGCACUGUAGAAGGAACAGUAGUUGAGAGUCAGAGUGGAGUAGGGACAAGAACUUCACAAUGGACUGGUGAUAAGUUGGGGCGGGCGGUACUGGGCGGGGCAUCGCUGGUUGCUAUGGGAAGUCUCUGUUUCUAUGGACUGGGACUGUCUGGAGAAGAGGGAGCAAUAGAUAGAGCAAUGUUUUGGCCUGCAGAGAUAAGGUCACGCAUUAAUAAAACCUAUACUUAUUUUGCUGGCGGUCUCGGAGUAACUGCAGCUGCUGCUUAUACUGCCUCACGUUCGGAGUCAUUCUUAAGAUUCAUGAUCACAAGACCUCUAAUGUCUGGUAUUGUAUUUCUGGUUGGUACUAUUGGUUCAGCCAUGAUGUGUUACGGUAUCCCUUACAAGCCAGAGACAAUCCCAGUCAAGAUUGCAUCAUACGCACUCUUCACUGGAAUAAUGGGAGCCACGUUAGCACCUAUUGCUUUUAUGGGAGGUCCACUGGUUGCUAGGGCUGCUCUAUACACAGCUGGUGUUGUAGGAGGUCUGAGUGCUACAGCUGCUUGUGCUCCGAGUCAGAAAUACCUGAGCAUGAGUGGACCUCUUUCUCUUGGACUGGGUGUCGUGUUUGUAGCUUCCAUUGGUGGUUUAUUUGCUACGCCAGGCACAGCUCUCUUCUCUGGUCUUCAUGCCAUCUAUAUGUAUGGUGGCCUGGUCCUCUUUGGUGGCUUCCUACUCUACGAUACACAGAAGAUCAUUCAUCAUGCUGAGAACAUGCCUCACUAUGAUCCUGUCAACAUGUCCAUUGGAAUAUAUCUUGAUACUAUUAAUAUAUUUGUACGUAUCCUGUAUCUACUGUCAGGAUCAAACAGGAAGAAAUGAGAUUAAACACUAAAGAACAUAAACAAACAAGACUCAUCUCUCUAUAUUGAAUUUCACUGUAUUAUUAUUAUUAUUAUUAUUAUUAUUAUUAUUAUUAGUGUUAUUAUCAAGUGCUCUUGUCAUUAUGUAGCUUACUUCUCUCUCCCUCUCUUUUCCUAUUUUGUUUCAAAGUGAUUAUUAAAAUGAAGCUCAUUACGUUGUAAUUACCAUUUGACCAAGAAGACUAAACU